GGCGGCGGCGGCGGGGCAGGCUAGGCAGCCGAGGCGAGUGGAAGAUGGCGGCGGAGCGGAGUCCGCUCCCCGAUGGGCUCGCCGGUGCCGGCCUGUAUGUUUGCGCCGGAACCCAGCCCCCGGGGCGCGCCCGCGCCGCGGCCGCGCCGCGCCCGCCCUCCACACGGGCUUCGACUCGGACUGCAGCGAGGACGGGAGGCGCUCACGGCGAGCCCGAGCUGGACCUCACCAGCAAGCUGGUGCUAGUAAGCCCAACAUCAGAGCAGUAGACAGCCUCCUCCGGCAGAUGUGGGAGAGGAUGGACGAGGGAUGCGGAGAGACCAUAUAUGUCAUUGGGGCAGGGAUCAGAUGGGACUGAGUAUGGGCUGAGUGAGGCAGACAUGGAAGCCUCGUAUGCCACUGUGAAGAGCAUGGCCGAGCAGAUGGAGGCGGACGUCAUCCUCCUCCGGGAACACCAGGAGGCCGGUGGCCGAGUGCGGGACUACUUGGUCCGGAAGCGGGUCGGGGACAACGACUUCCUGGAGGUCAGGGUCGCUGUGGUGGGCAACGUGGAUGCAGGGAAGAGCACGCUUCUGGGGGUCCUGACGCACGGAGAGCUGGACAAUGGCCGUGGCUUUGCUCGGCAGAAGCUCUUCCGACACAAGCAUGAGAUGGAGUCUGGCCGCACCAGCAGUGUGGGCAAUGAUAUCCUGGGCUUCGACAGUGAGGGCAAUGUGGUCAAUAAGCCCGACAGCCACGGGGGCAGCCUUGAGUGGACCAAGAUCUGCGAAAAGUCCACCAAGGUCAUCACCUUCAUAGACUUGGCUGGUCAUGAGAAAUACUUGAAGACCACUGUGUUUGGCAUGACCGGCCACCUACCCGACUUUUGCAUGCUCAUGGUGGGCAGCAAUGCUGGGAUCGUGGGCAUGACCAAGGAGCACCUGGGCUUGGCACUGGCCCUCAACGUUCCCGUCUUCGUUGUGGUCACUAAGAUUGACAUGUGUCCUGCCAACAUCCUGCAAGAGACCCUGAAGCUGUUGCAGCGCCUGCUGAAGUCUCCGGGCUGCCGCAAGAUCCCUGUGCUGGUGCAGAGCAAGGACGAUGUGAUCGUGACUGCAUCCAACUUCAGCUCUGAGAGGAUGUGCCCCAUAUUCCAGAUCUCCAACGUCACAGGAGAGAACCUGGACCUGCUCAAAAUGUUUCUGAACCUGCUCUCCCCACGCACCAGCUACCGGGAGGACGAGCCCGCCGAGUUCCAGAUUGAUGACACGUACUCUGUGCCGGGCGUGGGGACGGUGGUGUCAGGAACCACGCUGAGGGGCCUGAUCAAGCUGAAUGACACAUUGCUGCUGGGCCCCGACCCCCUGGGCAACUUCCUGUCCAUCGCGGUGAAGUCUAUCCACCGCAAGAGGAUGCCGGUGAAGGAGGUGCGCGGGGGCCAGACAGCCUCCUUUGCUCUGAAGAAGAUUAAGCGCUCGUCCAUCCGGAAAGGCAUGGUCAUGGUGUCUCCACGCCUGAAUCCCCAGGCUUCCUGGGAGUUUGAGGCCGAGAUCCUGGUUCUCCACCACCCCACGACGAUCAGCCCGCGAUACCAAGCGAUGGUGCAUUGUGGGAGCAUCCGGCAGACUGCCACCAUCUUGAGCAUGGACAAAGACUGUCUGCGCACUGGGGACAAGGCCACAGUUCACUUUCGCUUCAUCAAGACGCCCGAGUACCUGCACAUAGACCAGAGGCUGGUGUUCCGCGAGGGCCGCACUAAAGCCGUGGGCACCAUCACCAAGCUCCUCCAGACGACCAACAACUCCCCAAUGAACGCCAAACCCCAGCAGAUCAAGAUGCAGUCGACAAAAAAGGGGCCCCUGACAAAACGAGAUGAGGGGGGGCUGCCUAGUGGGCUGUCAGCGGGAGGACCUCCUGGAGAAGAAGCCUCCCCGACAGGGGCCGCCCAGCCCACCCCUACCGGCAUCCUCCAGACACAGGCCACCCAGGAUGAAGAGCCCCCUGGUCGUGAGGGCACCAAGCCCAAGCCCAGCAGUGGGGGCCGUCGACGGGGAGGUCAGCGGCACAAAGUGAAGUCCCAGGGGGCCUGCGUGAUGCCGGCCAGCGGCUGCUGAGCCCCCCCCCCCCCCCCCCAGCCUUCCCUGGAAUCCUUCUGUCCCCCACCUCCCGUCUGAAAGAGGAAGGACAACAGCUGUCGCCACACAACCCCGCACCCCCUCCGCCUCUCCACCCCAGCGUUGCCCCUGGGAUUGUAAUUUAUAAGCUCAAGAAGGGGGCCAGAGGAGCGUGGGACUGAGCAGCCCCCACUUUCCUCCUGGUCCCUCUGCCCUCCCUUUCCCUGACACAUUUUUGUACAUCUUGGGCCCUUAGUUUUUAUUCCUUUUUAUUAUAUAUAUAAAUAUAUAUAUAUAUCUAUAGUGUGUGUGUAUGUGCAUGUGUGUGCGUGUGUGUAUGUGCGUGUGCGUGUGUGUGUGUGUGCGUGUGUGCGUGUGUGUGUGUGUGUGUGUGUGUGUGUGUGUGUGUGUGUGUGUGUGUGAAGAUGAAGGUGGCUGGACCAGGUAGCAAGCCCAUGUCUCCUCUCCCCCUCGCCUCGGCCAUUGACCUAUAACCAUCCUCAGGGGUUCUCUGAUUUAUGGGCCUUGAGGCGGGAUGGGGAGAGGCGGGAGACACCGCACUCUUUGCCCCUUAGAUUGCCUCUCCUUCCUUGUUGGGACCCUCCCCACCCCCCUUCUGAAGAGCAGGGCAGCAAGAAUGGCCCCUGGGUGGGGAGAGGCCCCUCUGGGGCCCCAAAGCAGGGGCCUUCCAGCCCUUCACUUGUGCUCUCUUCAGUGGGGGCCAGAAUGGAAGGGAUGGCCUCCCCUUCACCUCUUUAACUCUUUCUAGUACCCCUUUCCCUGAAAAGGAGUGCUCCAAGCGCUUAAUUUUUCAUCAGUAGAUUGGAGGGCUUCAGAUUGGCCUCAUGCCCACUCAACUUGCCACAGAUGGCUUUCUGUUUUUUCCCUCUGAAGACAAUCUCCCCUCUUCCUUCCUCCUUGUCCCAGCUCAGCAGCCCCAGAGUGAGCCCACCCUCCAGUCCUGGGGUGUGGUACAUCCCUUGGAGUUGGCUGUAGCUUUGGGGAGUCUGGAGAAGUCCUCUCUUCCCCCUUUCACUCAGGCCUAGAGGAUGGACCUUCAGCUUGCUCAGGAUCAUGCUUAUGAAGUUCCCUGCGGGCGAGGGGACCCCCCCUCCCCAAAUGGAAGCAGCUGCUUCCAUCGCUCUCCUGAGCCAUCCCAGCUGCCCUUCCACCCUUCCCACCAGCCCCCCCCAUCAUGGCCGCUACUGGAGUGUAGGGAUGUGCCCAGCAAGCGGAUUUGGAAUCUCUGGGUGCUGAGGGUGAGUGGACAGGGUUCUCCCAGGCUUGACUUCUGUACUUCAAAGAUGCCCAGGCUGGGUGUGGGGCCAGUUAGGGUGGCAGCCUCAGCAUGCACUUGCUUAUUCUUCCCUUUGGGAGCCCCCACAGCCCAGGUCUGUGCCCUGUCCCAGCCAGGACCUCCCUUAGCCUCUCCCUCUCUUUCUACCCAAAGACAAGGCCCCUUCCCCAGCUCCUGCCCCCAGGUGUUUCCCCUGGUUGUUACUGACCAGCAUUUAUGGACCGGCCAGACUGACAUCCAAAAUAAAAGUGUGUUCCAAGUUGAA